CUGAAUACAUCUACCUAUUUCUAUCUUUUGAACUUGUUUCCGUGUUUCUUGCGUAAGCUUGAAGAGGUGUUUCUUAACCUCAGUUAAACCUUUAGUUGUGAAAGACUGAAACUACACUUAUAAUGUUUCCUGCAAUUACCGUGCGUCCAACUUCCAUUUUUGAUUGAUCCCAGCACCAAAGAGGUCGGUGCAAAAAUCCUUUAGCAAAGGACUUAACUGACCAGCAAAGGUUUGCUAGUAAAAACUUAAGUGUGUCCAGCUGUUCGACAGCUUGUAAACACCAUCCUUUGUCCCUUAACAAAAGAUAUUUGAGAUAUGGUGGAACUUUUGAUUUCCGAACCGACCUAAAAACAAAUUUAUUUAUAUAACAUAUAUCCCUGAAUAAAGUUAAAAUGCCCAACACGGAAUAAAUAGAAUAAACUGAAUAAAUAUUAAUGAUUACGAAGAGAAGCGCGUAUAGCACGAUUUCUUUUGCCUACGCUUCACCGCGAAAGCCAGGUCAAUCACUGGAGUAUGCAGUAGUAAACAAAAAAUGUAGAGCUCAUUUUGGAACAAAGUGAUAUCUGUCACGGGACCCUUGCAUUGCCCGCUAUGAAUUUUACUUUAUUGAAAAAAUUAUUAACAUCCGAGUUAGCUCGAGUUAGACGGUAAAGGCCCGGGGGGGGAGGAACUCCGCAUAUGAAAGGGGUGGGGAUGCUCGUCGGAAAUUUUGAAUUAAACCCCUAAAGGAGCCCGAUCUGGGCGUGGCCCAAGCUUUUUUGGACCCCUAAAAGAGACCAUGUUGAAACACAGACAAUUGAUAUAUUUUCAUAUUUUUAUUCACGUGCAACCCUAAACGAGACCUUCAGGGCUAAAUAUGAUGGCGUUUUGCCCAGAACACCCUAAGUGAGACCAAAAUCCGAAAUUUACACCCCUAAGCGAGACGACGAGCAUCCCCACCACUUUCAUAUGCGGAGUCCCCCCCGCCCCGGGGUAAAGGAACAAAGAAUUAGAUUUAUUCAGCUUUUUCUUGCAAGACGACAUCUUAUAUUAAAAGUAUAUAUUAUUUAUAUAUGAUUAGAUUCUACGUAAAUUGAGAAUACGAAUAUUGAGAAAAAGUGAGCAGCACGCUCGCUGGUGAGGCGAGCACAAUUUAAGCAGUUUAGAAUCAUGUAAAAUAACUUAAACUAUUCAAUUUGUAAAUUAAACGUGUCGUAAUGCCUUUACCUUAAAAGGGAUUGCUCUAGUAAGCUGAUGUUAAGCAAGAAUGCAUGUAUUCAGUUAAAUCUAGUUCUAUGUUUGCACAAAACAGUUGAAUAAACUUUAUUUUAUAAGAGAAAAAAAUUGGUAUGGUUUUAUUGUUUGAAAGCUCUUAUAUAAUCAAUCUACUGCAUUAACUAUAAAAGAAUUAAAGCUGAAAGCAAAAUUGCCGAUGUCUAGUCUCUUCAAACACAUGAAGCAAAUAUAGCUCGACAAUAAGAAACUUCUCUCAGCGCGCAGGAAAAAUAAACUCUGAGUUAUCUCGGUGAACUGAGCCACAUUUCGUUGAUCAAUUAAAGAUGAAGUUCUUUAUCUUUUUAAUUCUUUGCACUGGCUUGGUAAGUUAACAGCUGGGCUACUUUUACAUUUCUUUUCCUAAAUAUACUUGCAAUAUUAUAACCCAGUCCAAUUUUGGCGUAAGGAAGUUUCAGGUGUAAAAUAAAGCUUUCUAAAAACACUCUUACGCCGGAAUAUUGGCAUUCAAUCACAGUUGCUCAUUUAUUUUUUUCAAAAAACAUUACAUUUUCUCCAUGCUCGCGCAGAACUUUCCAAGUUUAAAGUUUGCAACAAACCGGUAAGUCCUGAGGUUUUGUUCCUUGGUAAAUGGUAAUUCCAUAUUGGAGGUGAUUGGCACGACAUCAAAGAUUUUAUUAGUCAAACAUGAGGGCCUGAAUGUACGAUAUUGAGAACUUAACUAGUUAGGAAAGUGCCAUGAUCUCCUAGGCUUCACCGGUACCAUUAAUAUAUUGAAGACUGAAUCGGUAAGUCGUUUCAAGGUUUUUUGCUACGAUGUUAAAGAAUUUUAUUGGUAACUUUUUUAAGGUUUGCAUGCCACGACUUCAAAAAAAUCUAUUGACAUUGACAGAUUUAUUCAUGUUAAAGGCGUCGUCAGUAAAGCUGGUGUUCUAUUUUAUUUUCCUGUUCUACCCCUUCACUCAGUUAUCCGAGGAGCUGUUUUACUCGAUUUUUCUCAUGAUGUAUCUGUCUUCAGGACGGCGACGACUACAGUUGCCAAGCUGGAUUGUCCUGUGUCCAGACAAAGCUUUUCAUCAUGAAAGGACAAAAAGCCUACGUCAAACAGUGCAUGCCGGAAGGGAUGAAGAUUGACGUCGAAACAGUCAACAAGGAUCAUGAUCAAACCUCCAGAAACAGUCGAUUAUUCCCUGGAUUACCUCAGUUACCAGGCCAAGUAAGAAACUAACAAAAAAAGAGGGGUUUUGCAAAUAUAACAGUAUUGACACAAUUUACCCGCCACACCAGAAAGUACUAUAGGCAACAAUGACCGACAAUUUCUCAAGAUGCCACUCCCAAAUCGAACAAAACCCAUGGGACUCCAACGGGUCUAACUCCUUUCUUUUUAGUGAAAAGUAGUUUAAUUGGGUUUGAAUGUAGACCCAUCUCCAGACUUCUCUUAACUGAAUCUUGUGGGAUUUAAAACAACAACAACAAUAAGGACGUAACAAUCGCGCAGGGGCCACACCUAGCUAUAUGGUGGGUGGGGAUGAUGCCUUACAUGGGACCUUUGAGUCCUGUUCGUACCCCUCCCUAGUGGGUAGGUCGUUGGCCAUUCAAGCAGAUACGUCCUCUCCGCAUUGGCGAUGGAGUCAACGCCAACGGCAUUGAGGUUUGGGCUGAAAAGUCUCUGUUUCAAUCUCAAUUAAUGGUAAGUAACACUUAGCCUUUCCCAACGCAUCAUCUUUAAAACAAUUGCUUGUUGUUUCUUAUACAGAGUUGCCGUUCUGAGGGUGAUUGCCAACAGAAUCAAUGCUGUCCUCGCUUUGUCAACCGAUGCCUUCCAAAACUGCCAGAGAUGGCAGAAUGCUCUCUAAAGGUAUAUGUUAAAGUCUUUAUGUUACCAUCAGCUACACGGGUACUAGAUGACUCCGCUCGAAAGAGGUUCCAAUUUCAUGCCUCAGGUAUUUUUCCACGAGUUAAUGCCGGCUAUGAAAGGGUGCUGAAGUUUGCCGAGCAUUAGAGCAUUUAUAACAGGUGCACCUUUCACCGGCUUUAUCACCUACAUUUAAUUAUCAAAUGCUGCAUGAAAUCGACAAGAGCACCUUCUGUGAAAGAUGUACCAUUUAGCGGUAUACCUGUUCUGGUAUGUAAAAAGGUAAGGGGUUGAACUCGGCUCAGGGCUGAGUCUUUAGUAUAUAACUUAGUUUAGUAGCCCAAUCCUCCAGGAGAUUUCCGUAAUGCUGGUGUUCAUAGGUUACAAAAAGUGGCUUUAAACACCACUGUAGUAAGUCAAAUGUUACAAUAUAUUCAGUUUGCGCAAACGAGUGCUUUCUUUUUUCAACUCUAGAUAUUACACAACUGUGGCUGUCAAGAUGGACUGAAAUGCCAAAAGACGGGCGAAGUCACGAUUCCGAUCAUUGGCAUCAAAGUUCCGCUACUGCAGUGCGUGUCGUCUGUUCCAGGAGGAGGAAUUUCUUAGAAGGCUUCGACUGCCACACGAAGUUACAGCUAGAGUAAACGUAGUUGAAAUAAAAGAAUACUUUAAGACCCCUUAAAGUCUAAGAUUGUUGUCCCUUUUGCCUAAGAUUAUUCUCCUAUAUUUUUUUGCCGCGAAUUUUCCUUUUGAGAAAGAGAGAAGUGACAAUUUGACAACUAACAAUAAAAAGGUGUUGGUUUCAAAAGGAACUGAGUUAUUGCGUUGGUAACGGGAGUGAAAGACUACGACAUUCUAGUUGUUAAGGUGAAUUUACCACCGUAAAAGGGCUGAAAAGGUCAGUAACGUUUCGAGCCAGGUAGCCCUUUGUAAUUCUACCGCAAUAUACAGGCAAAGGCUCCCCGGGGGGUACACAAUAAAAAGCAAGGGGACGGCUCCACCCAGAAGUCCAACCAUAUCAAUUUUUGACAGAAAAAGAACCCCUUUCGUUUUUCAUUGACAAAUGGUAUCCCUUUCCCCUACUAGCUUAGAGCGUUAUAUCCCUUUUAAAUUUUGUAAAUGCACCGUCUUUUAAAUACAAACAACUCAGUAAACAGAGAAGUUUUUUUGGCUUUUUCACAGCCAUAAAAUGCGUCUGUCAGCCCUUUUAGGUCCUUUCACAGACCGCAAUGACAGAUUUCCCUACCCUGAUUCUCCGCAGAAAAAUUGUUUGAAAAAUGAUUUACCACGUAGCCCGGGGGGGGGACUCCCAUAUGAAACAGACGGGGAUGCUCGUCGUCUCGCUUAGGGGUGUAAAUUUUGGAUUUUGGUCUCGCUUAGGAUGUUCCGGGCAAAGCGCUAAUAAUUUAAGCCGCCUAGGUCUCGUUUAGGGUUCCGCGAAGAACUUGAGAUUUAUGACAAUGCUUUUAAAAACUACUUUUAGAUAAAAGCAUUCGAUGAUUAUAUCUUUAUAUCAUUAAAACUCAUUGCAUGUCGUAUUUGUGUGUUUUUAAGCGGUCUCUUUUAGGGGUCAAAAUUUGCUUAAGUCACGCCCAGAUUCGUCUCCUUUAGGGGUCACAAAAAGCUUGAGCCACGCCCAGAUGGUCUCCUUUAGGGGUUAAAUUCAAAAUUUCCAACGAGCAUCCCCGUCUGUUUCAUAUGGGAGUCCCCCCCCCGGGCCACGUAGACGCUAAUGUGAUAUAUGUCGCACCAUGAAAUGAGAUUUAAAAAGGACAUCUUUACAUAGCAAAUGAGGCUUUGCCUUUGAAUGCAGCUAAAUCAACUCAUUGGGUUAUUCUAAUUGAUUUGAGGUUUUCGAAAGCAAAAACGUUAUGGCUAAUGUCAACACCCUAAGCUUGUUUGCUUUCAUUUUUAAAUACUACAACGAUGCUAGUAAAUGUAAACACACAAUUGCAAUUGGUCAGCUUAUGAACACCCGGACUGGCUAUGAAUUCUUUUCAGACUUUGUUCUAUUUCAAUAGUUCAGUAGACAUUUCCUGGCUACGAAAAGAUAUUCAUUUUAAGAAUAAUUAGGAUGCCAACAUUUGAACAGCUUAGGUCCUUUUUUAUUAUUGUCUUCAGCGAUGCUGAAGACAACUGAUAUUGCAAACGUUUUGCUUUAAUUAUAAAUAAGAAUUAUUAAAGUUCCGUUAAGCCUUCUCUUACAUAACAGAAACAGAACGCACACCUCUGCCGCCAACUACUCUUUAAAAGAAAAUCUCCUUGGACCAGUUCACUUUGUGCAAAACGCUAUGAAGAUUCUCUUCCUUUCUGGUAUUCUUAUUGGCCUGUCAUUUGUAAGUCUAAACACCGUUUCUUAGAGUUACUGACAAACUCGUUAACCUUCCCUGUUGCCAGGUAUGUACUGUUAAAAACAAGCAAUGUAUUUAUUGAACUACUUUUGUUUCCUAAGGGUUGUUCGGAUCUUCCUAAGCUUGCGGCAUGCAACAACCCGGUGAGUUUACGUUCGGUAGUAAAAGUUUCGGUUUGUCACUCCAUUGCAGACUGAACCUGCAAAUCAUUGACUCCAAACACCAUGACAAAGACCGGGGACGGGGCUCCUCCCGAAAUUAAGGGGUACCUUCUUCAUGCGUUAGGUAUAUGAAAGGUACGGAUUUCACUAGUUGAAGUAUACAAAAGGGUACGGAAAUCUGUCAUUGCGGUCUGUAAAAAUACCCAAUAAAGCUGACAUAUGCAUUCUAUGGUUGUGAUUAAGUCGAGAAAACGUUCUGGUUUUGUGAUUUAUUCAUAUUCUAAAGACAAUGCAUUUACAGCAGUUAAAAGAAAUGCAAAGCUGUAAACAAGGUAUGUGAAAGGGUACCAUUCUUCAAUAGAAUGUAUACGAAAGGGGUACCUUUACUGUCAAAAAUGGUAUAUAAAGAAAAAGUGGUUGGACCUCGGAGCGGAGCCUCCCCAUAUAAAACCCCCUGUGAACAAGAGAAGCGUGUAAUAAAAGGUAACAGGAGCUGGCUCCUGAAGCAGGGUUCGUUGAAACUUGGCCACCUAAAAAGACUGACUGAUUUGGAACUUGACAUUAUUGAACGCUAGAACUUUGGCAAAGGGGAACGUGGCGAUUAUGAGGUUUUUAAAAGACGGAAUCUCGUUUAUGAUGGCUCGCUGAAAAGAAACCCAUCUCUUGUUUUGUAUUUCCCUUCGUAGGAUGCUAAGAAUUGCACCUGCCAAGCUGGUCUCACCUGCAUUCUGACCAAAAAGUUCAUCGUUCAAGGAACUGUCACCGAUGUUAAACAAUGCAUGCCGAAUAGUAUAGAUGUUCAAGUGGAAACGGUCAACAUGGACAAGAAUCCAAACUCUGCUAUAGCCAGGAUGAAAAGAUUUCUUCCACUAGCCGUAAGAAUUACUUGAAAUAUUUUGAAUUUGCGAAAAUAUUGUAUUAAAGCCCAGUGAGGCCAUCUAAUCGGAUAACAAGGUAGGAAGGUGGUUUCAGGAUAGCAGUCAUUUCGGGGGAGGUGGAGGAGGUAAUGAAUUAAAGUCAAGCCGAUGACCGGUGAUGACGUUUUUAAUGGACCCUUUCCGCCCUCCAUGGCCACUGAGUUUAAGAAACUAUACCAAUAACUUGUCCGAUCUAGCCGGCGUAGCUGGCGGGAUUAGCGGCGAGGCGAGUGCUGUAGUUUUUUGGCGGCCUAGCUGCGUGAAGAUUGAGAUUUUCCCUCGCUGCUUCGCCCGUGGCGGCUCCGCUGUCAGGAAAGUAACCUGGGCACAAGAAUCCCGCAAGCUACACACGCUAGUCCAAUCAACCAAUCAGAAGGAUUUAUGGUCAGUAGCUGUCAGUAGUCUAAAAGUCCAGUAAAAUUUGCCUCUUCCUGUGCGGUUUCCCCUAUGCCCGCACAGUAGCUCACAGUCAAUUCACUUCGGUAACAACCCUUAUGGCUCGCAUCACCGGAACCAUUGGAAAUAACGCCUUAACCGCGCGGCGAAAAUUUUGAGGCCAAGGAACUUAGCAGCACUUGUAUUAGAUCCUUAGGGUUUGAAAAAGCGGGUUGUUAUUAUUUCAAAUAAUGUUCUUGAAAACAGCGAUAAUCCCAUUCCACGUCUCUUUGAAUAUGGUGUUGUUUCAAGUCAAUGACUUUGUUCCCUAAUUAAAAACACUCUUUUUUUCAUAAGAAUGUUGUUUUCCGGCCCAGGCUGAAUAUUCCUAUUUUUCGGCUGUUUUGGGCUGAAAAUAUUCUUGUAUUAUUCUAAUCAAAGAAAUAAUUUAUCAUGAUACUCUUUUCGGUUUUGGUCAUUUCUUUUGAAUUGUACUCGGUAUACGGUACAAAUACAUCACAUGUACCGUUCAUCGUCAUUAGCAAUGAACAUUUGGCUAUGGUUAGUGCAAGUUUUUUCUUUUUGUUCGCCACUUUAGACUUUUAGAGAGUGUAAUAACUUUAUACGGAAAGCUAAAAAAGUAUACAAUGUAAUUGUACACAUGUACAGUAUUUACAGGUUUUCAACACACAAAACUAUAUCCUAAUCAAAAUCUCAGCCUCGGGUUUAUUCAUACAAUAUUCUUAAAAUUUUGCAAAUUUCAGCCUUCAUACUCUUAUCAAAAGAAAAGAGUGGUGAGGGCAUGAGGUCUCGGCGGCCGGUUAUUUUGCAAACAGUUUACACAUUUUUUUUUUUCAGUUACAUUGUACUUGAAAUGUAAUGUCUUUUUUCCAAUAGCCAUGUGCCAGCGAACUGACAUGUCUACCGAAUUUCUGUUGUCCACGUUUAGUCCAGCGGUGCCUGCCAAAACUACCAGAGUUAGCCACGUGCACACUCCAGGUAAGUAACAUGCAUAGCUUUGUUGCAAUAGGGAGCUUAACCCUUUAAGCCCUAAUAUACACAUACAAAUUGUACAAACUGAUCUCUAUAUAUUUCCUUAAACUGUUAAAGAAUGAGUUGAGAGAAUUUGAUAAAAGAUUAAAGCAUUUUCUCUUAGGCGAUCAUUUUAUUAAUUCUCAUAACCUAAUCUCUUGACAAUGUAUGGAUAUCAUUAAGAGAAAAUUGAAGUUAUUCUAUGGAGGUAACUCUCCAGAUAAUUGCCGGCACCAUCCCCACAAUAUUCCGCCCGUUUCGACGUGAGGCUGCAGUCUAAUGUGUAUGUCCAGUUCUGCAGUUUACAUCUCAACUCGCUAGUAAGGUAUUGGCUUUCUUUUUCGUUCUGAUGCUCCAUCAUCCCUUUCUUAAUAGGCAGAUAUACAUUUUCUUAGUGAUUGUUCUAUGACCUUCUAUGCCAUUCUCUUGGCUUAACUUGAAACGUUCUGGCCAAGCGGGGGUCUGGGUCUAGUCAUCGUAAAUCGAGACAAAAAAAGCUCCACUCCUAUUGCUUCUAGACGUGCUCAUCUUCUUGACUGGGGGAUAGCCACAGAUCAGGAUAACGAUGAAGUGAAAUGGUACCUCUUGUUUUGAAUUUCCUUUAGAUAUUACAUAAUUGUGGUUGCCAGAUGGGAUUUGAAUGUCGACAGACGACCUACGUGACGAUUCCCCUGAUAGGAAUCAAAGUUCCUCUAUUGCAGUGCGUGCGACCUUGA